AUGAGCGGCGGCGGCGGCGGAGGGGGAGCCAGGGGACCGUCGGGGCCCGUGCCGGUGUCCGCGAGGAAGCUCGUGCAGGGGCUCAAGGAGAUCGUGAACCGUCCCGACGCGGAGAUCUACGCGGCGCUGCGGGAGUGCGACAUGGACCCCGACGAGGCGAACCGCCUUGAGUUUGUAACUCGCAAUUUUACGAGAACUAAUGAAAAUUGUGAGAGAUGCUAUUCACUCGUAUAUAGCUCACAUAUUGUUGAUCUUUCUCCAGAUACUUUUCAGGAGGUAAAGAGCAAGCGUGAUAAGAAAAAGGAGGUUAAAGAAACCCCAGAGCCAAGAUCUCGAGGAGCAAGUAACUCCAGUCGAUCCAGUAGAGGUGGUGGGGACCGUGCUGGACGAAGCAGUUCAGUUCAGUCUGGAUCCAGUGGCACUGAUUAUAUGGCUUCAAGGUCAUCAAUAUUGGGACCUGCUGUGCCAGCUACGAAUGCCAUGCAGAAGCCAACAGUUCCUAGUCUGUCCACAAACAAAGAUGUGGUUCCUAAUGGAUCAGUUGGAGCACCACAAUCAUCAUCUGGUUUUCAGCACAAUUGGUUUGGGGUGCCAGGUCAGAUGUCAAUGGCUGAUAUAGUGAAAAUGGGAAGGCCUCAAGUGAAGUCUUCUGGCAAGCCUAUGGUUGCAGCAGACACAUCAUAUGCUGGUCAAACCCCAUCUUUAUCUAGCUCUGUAAACCAGAACUCGAAACAAUCUGCAAGCACAGCCCUACCAACUAAUUUUGACCAGGGCUUUCCUGCUCUCCCAGACCCUAUUCCACAUACUGUGAACUCUAGUCAUGGUUCUGCUGGGAACAACCAUACACAUGAGAAUGAUUGGUUUCCUCAGGAUGAGCCGCCAUCUGGAGCUCAGUCCACAGGCAUUGAUGCAUCUGGUGACCAGUCGCUAUCUGUGGCAUCACUGGACCAAUCUGUGUUGGUUGCCGAUGCUGCUUACUCACAAGAAAAUUCUCAUGCAGAAGAGAACAACUCCACUGCAGCUAAAGCAACACUGUCUUCCGAAAGACACUUGGAAAUUGUGGAGGAGGACAAUCAUUUCAACGAUGGGUUAUUGCAGAACUCAAGUGCUUACCAGGCUCAAGUGCAUUCCUAUGUUGAUAAUGAAGAAUCAGCUGCGGCAAACUUUCAGCAUUUAAGCCUACAGAAUGAAGAUAUAGCUGCAACCAAGUCUGCUGAAGAUAACCCUGCGGUUAUACUCCCUGAUCAUCUACAAGCUGCAAAUGCAGACUGUGCUCAUUUAAGCUUUGGUAGUUUUGAAUCUGGUGCCUUCUCUGGCUUGCUUUCAUCAAAGGUCCCAAAAGGCAGUUUGGAGGACGAAGAGGUGCAUAUUCCAGAUGAAUCCCCAUCAGUUAAUCGAAUAGAUGUCAGGAAUCAAGAUUACUAUGACAACGAUGCUCUAAAUUCUUCAGCAAAUGAGGAUGUUGAGACAAGAAUUGGUACUAACCUGGAUAGCAUUGAUGGACCUUCAGUUUCAGAGUCUGAUGUACUGAGGCAGGGGGGCAUAGAUGUGCCUGGUCUUCAAUAUGACCUGCCAUCAGUUUCAAGUCAUGCAUAUUCAAACACAACACAGCCAAGUACAAUGGAAGACCCACAAGGAAACACACAUGCACAACCCCUUUCCCAUUUUUCUGGCUUGCUGCAAGCAAAUACUCUACCCAAUAACUUGUUGGGGUCAAAUCUUACCCCUCUUCGGGAGUUUGACUUCUCACAGUUGCUUCAGACACAGUCAGCUACAAAGUAUAACCCAUCUGUUGCACCUAAUAAUCUGCCAGCAAUCUCCAUGCAAGAGACUUUAAAACCAGGAGGCUUCCCCAACACUCAGUCUACGCAACAUGUUCCCAGUACAAGCAUUCCGUCGGGUCUUCCUCUCCCACAACAAUUGCCUGUAUACUCUCAGCCAACUCUGCCUCUUGGGCCUUUUACCAGCCUGGUUGGCUAUCCAUAUUUGCCUCAGAACUAUUACCUACCAUCAGCGGCCUUCCAGCAAGCGUACUCAAGUAAUGGGCCUUUCCAUCAAUCUGCUGCUCCUGCUGUGCCUGGAGCUGGUAUGAAGUAUUCGAUGCCACAAUACAAGAGCAGCCCUCCUGCUUCGAGCCUACCACAGCCAUCAUCACUCUCUGGUUAUGGAGGGUUCGGAAAUGCAAAUAAUAUCCCUGGAAAUUUCAACCUAAAUCAGGGUGCUCCCUCUGCGCUCACGACUUUGGGAUUUGAUGAAGCUUUAGGCACACAAUUCAAAGACCCCAAUCAUUAUGCAGCUCUACAGCAGAGUGAUAAUUCGGCAAUGUGGCUUCAUGGAGGCGCUGGUUCAAGAACAGUUUCUGCAGUUCCGCCUGGUAACUUCUAUGGUUUCCAGGGCCAGAGCCAGCAGGGUGGCUUCCGCCAGACACAUCAGCCCUCUCAAUACGGUGGUCUUGGAUACCCAAGCUUCUACCAGUCGCAGGCCAGUCUGCCACAGGAGCACCCCCAGAACCCCACCGAGGGAAGCUUGAACAAUCCCCAGGGGGUUCCAUCCCAGCCAUCGCAUCAGCUCUGGCAGCACAGCUACUAA